CACCCACAUCUGAUUGUCGGACGUCGCCUCUUGCUAUCUACGCGUCGCGUUCGGAGGGUUUCGCUAGAAGCGAGCGCGCCGCUGCUCAGGGUCGCGCGCAGACUGUUGUAGAUUGCUUGCGAAGGUACACCCACCGCAAUGUCGGGAUCGGUCUCGACAAAUGGGCUUGCCGCCCCCGCCAGUGGUCCCUCGUCAUCGACAAGUGCCAGUGGUCAGGGGAGCGCCUCGAACGGCGCCGCACCCGGGCCUAGCUCGAGCUCUGGUCUGCCAUCGAUGUCAUCCAUACCCCCUCAUGUCCUGCAGGCACUCCAAGGUCUAAACAAGCAGAAGUUGCAGAACAUGGUCCAGCGCAUACAACAACUGAAGCAAACAGGGGAGACAGAGCACACGAGUCAAGAGCUCGCAAAUCUCCUGACAAUUCUAAAGUACUUCCAGCAAUUUCAGAUGCUCAAGCAACAAGAGGCGCUGGCUCAGCAAAGGCAACAAGCUUCCAAUCAGGCCACCUCGUCUGCAGCACCUACCCCAUCGCAAGCAGCUUCCGACGUAGCGCCUCCGAGCACAUCCGCAGUCGGUACUUCCACAACCGCCCCAGCCCCGGCGCCGGGGACCACGAACACAGAGUCUGGGUCGGCUCCCGUCACCAUCGCUCCGGCAUCAUCGGCUGUUGCCGUCUCCCAGACUUCAAUCGCUAGCAGCGUGCCUAGCGCUCAAACAUCGUCGCCGGCUAAUGGUUCGAGCACACCUGUCAGCAAGCCCACCGUCACUGCUGCACCCGUCGCAGCUGCUCAGGGGGCUUCUCAAUCCACCAGCGUCUUUUCCAAGGAGCAACUGGAUACCCUGCGCGCUCAAAUUGUAGCAUUCAAGCUCAUCUCAAGGAACGUACCGCUGCCAGCUCACCUGCAAAGCGCUCUGCUCGACCCCAACCAGGCUAUAGAUGAUAUACGCGGGGGUUUGCCGGAUCUCACUGCUGCUGGCGAUGCCGGCAAAGUCGCGGAAGCUGGCAUUGCCUUGCACCUGGCAGCCACAAACGGGUCUGAAGAGGAGAAGUCGAAAGCGACGGCAGCGGACGAGACUGGCGAGGCAGGUGCUUCGCAAAGCGCAGAGGUGUCAAGACCAACACUGCCAAGUGACGACCCUUCUAGCGCAGUGUAUCCUUACAAUGCUUACCGACUGCCGUUCACCUACUUGCAGCGGCCAACGACUGGUUCCGAAGAUCUCACAGCGACCAAGCAGCAACGGCUGCUUGUUCCAAGCCUCAUGCCAGCAGGACUUGACCCUUUCGUUCUCGCAACGGAGAGGGACAGAAUGAUUGCUGCUCGUAUCAAUCAGCGCAUUAGAGAGCUCGAGAACCUCCCGUCAACCAUGUCUCAGCGCCCCACGAUCCGCGGUGCAGAAGAGGCAGCCAUCAAGGAGGAGGCGAGCGAGGUAUCGGGCAAUCGCGACGGUACUAUGACCGGCUCGUUCGAAGACAAUCCGCUCUUACAGUCAGGAUAUCAGGCGGACAACGCCAAGAUAAAAGCCCUCAUCGAGCUCAAGAGCUUGAGAUUGCUGGAAAAGCAGAAAGAGCUACGACAGUCCGUUGUACGUACCUUCAGCUCAGCUUCAACCCUUGCUCUCGACAGAACGGCAUUCAGAAAGGUCAAGAAGCAGACUUUAAGAGAUGCACGUAUGACUGAGCAGCUUGAACGCAAGCAGCGGGUCGAUCGCGAACGCCGAAACAGGCAGAAGCACACCGAUUACCUCGCUACAAUCGUGAAUCAUGGCAGAGACUUGCAGGCGGCUCACAGAGCUGUGCAGACCAAUGCUCAGCGCAUCGGAAAACUGGUACUUCGCUUCCAUAGCGAGACCGAGAAGGAGGAAGCAAAACGUCUCAAACGUAUCGCCGAAGAGCGUCUGCAGGCCCUGAAGGCCGACGAUGAAGAGGCUUAUCUGAAGCUCAUCGACACUGCAAAAGAUACUCGUAUCACGCAUCUGAUCCGACAAACCGACUCUUACCUGAACUCGCUCGCAGAGGCUGUGCAAGCUCAGCAGAACGACGAUGUGCACGCCGAAGCGAUUGCGGCCGAACGUGCAGGCAUUGCGCCUCUCUCCGCAGAAGAGGUGGCGGCGCAGACCGCAAACCAGGAGAUUGGUGUCGCUGUCGACGAGACCAUGUUUGGAGCGCAGAAGCAAGCCGAUGAUGAGCCCAGCGACAAUGCAGGUCAAAAGGUCGACUACUACUCCAUCGCUCAUCGCAUCACUGAGCGCGUGCUGGAGCAGCCCACCAUUCUUGUUGGUGGUAAGCUAAAGGAGUACCAGAUCAAAGGAUUGCAGUGGAUGGUGUCUUUGUACAAUAACAGGCUGAACGGUAUCCUCGCAGACGAAAUGGGUCUCGGAAAGACGAUUCAGACCAUCUCGCUCAUCACCUUCCUCAUCGAGCACAAACGGCAGCCGGGACCCUACCUCGUCAUUGUUCCCCUCUCUACGUUGACGAAUUGGGUCAAUGAAUUCGAGAAAUGGGCUCCGUCGGUAGCCACUUUGGUCUUCAAAGGUCCUCCUCUUGCGCGUCGUCAUCUGUCCAAUCGCAUCAGACAGGGACAUUUCCAGGUGCUCCUCACCACUUACGAGUACGUGAUCAAGGAGAAGGCACUGCUCGGCAAGAUUCGAUGGGUGCACAUGAUCAUCGAUGAAGGUCACCGCAUGAAGAACACAGAGAGCAAGCUGACUGUGACGCUUGUUCAGAAUUACGUGUCAAGGUACCGCCUCUUGCUCACGGGUACACCACUGCAGAACAAUUUGCCAGAGCUUUGGGCUUUACUCAAUUUCGUCUUGCCUAGGAUCUUCAACUCCGUGAAAUCUUUUGACGAGUGGUUCAACACGCCAUUUGCGAACACUGGCUCUGGAGACAGUGCUAUGCAGCUCAACGAAGAAGAGGCUCUGCUGAUCAUCAAACGUCUGCACAAAGUACUUCGUCCGUUCCUGCUGCGCCGUUUAAAGAAGGACGUGGAGUCUGAGCUGCCCGACAAGGUGGAGAAAGUCAUCAAGUGCAAGAUGAGCAGUCUUCAGCGCAAGCUCUACUCUCAGAUGAAAAACCACAAAAUGCUCUUGGCAGGCGACGACAUUGGUGGUGCAGUCGGCGGCAGGAAGCAGAAACAACAGGGCAUCAAGGGCUUGCAGAAUGCUAUCAUGCAGUUGCGAAAGAUCUGCAAUCAUCCAUACGUCUUCGAACAGGUAGAACUUGCCAUCAACCCGACCAAGCAGACUGGACCAGAUCUCUACCGAGUGGCGGGCAAGUUUGAGCUCCUCGACCGUUUGCUCCCGAAGCUCAAAGCGUUCGGGCACAGAGUUCUGAUCUUCUUCCAAAUGACCCACAUCAUGGACAUUAUGGAAGACUUUCUUCGCUUUCGCGGGCACAAAUACUGUCGAUUGGACGGCACCACGAAGCCAGACGACCGUUCGCUGUUGCUGAAGGCGUUCAACGCACCAGAUUCCGACAUCUUUGCUUUUAUCCUUUCAACGCGUGCUGGUGGUCUCGGAUUGAAUCUGCAGACAGCCGAUACCGUCAUUAUCUAUGACUCCGAUUGGAACCCUCAUCAAGAUCUGCAGGCCCAGGAUCGUGCACAUCGUAUCGGUCAAAAGAUGGAAGUGCGCAUUCUACGAUUCGUCACUGAAAGGUCGGUAGAAGAAGUCAUCCUCGAGCGUGCCAACCACAAGCUGCAGAUCGAUGGCAAAGUCAUUCAAGCAGGAAAAUUCGACAAUUCUUCAGGCAAUGAGGAGCGCGAGGAUCUGCUACGUGCAAUGUUAGAAGCUGAUCAAGAGGAGGAAGCCGAAGAGGAUGGAGAUCUUGGAGACGCCGAGCUCAACGAGAUUCUGGCUCGUGGCGAGCAUGAGCUGGAACGCUUCAAGGAAAUGGACAUCGAGCGGGAGAAGACUGAUGCGGAGGAAUGGAAGGCAUUGGGACACACGGGAAAACCACCUGAACGUCUCAUACAGGAAUCAGAACUCCCAACACUCUACCAGCAAGACUUUGAUACGGCAGUGCUCGAGGAGGUGGUAGAAGAGGAGGAACUAUCAUCUCGCAAGCGUGCAGUGGUGCAUUACGACGACGGCCUCACCGAGGAGCAAUUCUUGCGUGCUCUCGAGGACGAUGACAUCGAUCUGGCAGACGUGGUCGAGAAGAAGAGAGUGAGAGCCGAGAAGCGGCGCCGCAAACAGCUGGCGAAGAACGGCGGCGGUGGCGAAGAUUCGGAUGCUGGCACACCAGAGCCUAGUGCGGGCAAGAAGAAAGGAAGGAAGAGCGCCGUUGGAGCGGACACGCCCGAGCCUUCGCCAAAGGGCGGGCCUCGAAAGCGGAAACGUCUCCCGGACUCUGUCUCAGCCUCGCCAGAGCGCGAUAACACCCCGAUCGGAGGGCGAGGGAACGCGUCUGCAACUGCAAAGCGACAGCGCAUGGCUGGAGGAGACGACCCCCGAGACCAGCUUCGAGACGCUUUGGUCAAAGUCUAUCGCGCUCUGGAGAAUGCGUGCGACGAUGAUGGACGGCAACGAUGCCGCAUGUUCCUCGAUGUGCCCAAGAAGGCCGAUUAUCCCGACUACCACGUCCUUAUACAGCGGCCCGUCGCCAUGCGUCAGGUCAAGCGACGCAUCGAUAACCGCUCGUACCGCGAAGCCUACCUGGCUAGGAAUGACAUCCAUCAGAUGGUCCUGAAUGCGAAGACCUACAAUCAGGAAGGAUCAUGGGUUUGGAAUGAUGCUGUCGAACUGCAGAAAGCAUGGGACAGAGCCUACGCAGAACACGUCAUCGGAACGGACUUGCCCGGUAUCGACGGCCCAGGUGACCCUCUGCCCACUGAUGGCGAGGCCGCCUCGGCGCUGUUUCCAGUCGCACCAGUCGCCGGCGAUGCGGCAGACUCUGGAGACAACGCCGCGCUCACCCCCAAUUCUGCGCGUCCUAGAAUCAGAGUGAACCUCAGAAAGACCGGCCCUGGUGACGAUUAGGCGUGUCUUCGACACAUCACACCUAGGACGAGGGGCGCCAACCAUCACGCUUUGCAGAGAAUUGUGCAUUGUAAUAAUAUCUUAAAGAG